UCCCACCCGCUCCUGGUUGCUCCGUGCGGAGAGUGAAGCGCGGUACCAUGGAUCGGCUGGGGAAGAACCGGUCCGAGACCCUCAUCGAGAUGGCUCUGACUGCCGAAGGGGAAGAAUGCAAUGGACCUUUAUGUGAAACUAUUUCAACUGCAGGCUCAGAAGUCCCUAGCAGCUCUGAGGGCCUAAACAGCACUGAGACUACUUUACUCAUCCCUGAACAUCAAGUGAGUGGAAGAAGAUAUAAUCUGUUCCUGAAGCGACGUCUCAGGGUAAACCAGUGAGGAAUGAUACUGCAAGUGGCUUGGGUGGCUGCAGUUAUGACAUGCUUCACUGUGUGAUGCCUUUUGUUAACUGGGAGCAAGGUUCGCCAUUGUAAAUACUCUCUGCUUUCUCACAGGACUUUUUCACAUGCAUCCUUGCAUUUUUUAAGUGGGAAAAGGCAGAGAUACAACCCUUUGAAUUAUUCUUGUCUUAGACAAAUGCACUUGUGCUUAUGGGUGUGGUUAAAAAAAUCCAACACCAGUCUUCCUUAGCAUGGAGUUAAAUUUAGACCAGAGUAUUAGCCUCUAAGGACUUUUAGUCUUGUAAACAAUUCGGUAGAGCUGAAUACUGAUCUGAUAGUAACCAAUACUACCUAAUAUUAUGUUAACUUCCCUAGGAGAGAGAGAUACUAGUCUUUUACUAGCUUAACAUUAAUUGCUGUAGCCUAAUCGGUGAAAGAGAUGAAUGUUGUUAUGACAUUCUGGCAUGCUGAUAAAUAAAAACAUGAUCUUUAAUAGACCAAUUAAAAUACUAAUUGCGCUGUUACAUUGAGAGCUUUUAUUAGGUUCAUUUGUUUUUUUCCCCAGUAAAGUAAAUACUCCGCUUUGAAAUGUUACCCCUGUAUUUUGUGUGCUGUUUUCAUAUGUGGUCUUGCUGGGACAUAUUUCUCUGUGAUGGUUGAUAUGGUGGAUCUUGUGAUGUAGAAGAAAAUGCAUGGAACUGACCUUUUGCUACCUGCUUUGAGUUGAUAAACUCUGCCUUAGCUGGGUUUUGUGUAGAGUGGUGUUCUGACUAACUGCAGGAAAAAACAAUCAUGCUGUAAAAUAACACUUGUCUUGAUCAUUUAUGACAAGAAGAAAUAAAUGGUAGCAUUGUUCACAAGUAUGGCUACACUAACGUAUGUUUAUUCUUCAUAUACUAGUAACUUACAUGUAGUGUUUGUGGAUAUAAGCAGUCAAUGGUGAAAUAAUUAUAACUUGAUAAGCCCUUGUUAAAACUUGCCUAAGUGUAUCUUCAGCUGUGAAGAAACUGAAGAAUUGAGGCAAUUUGGGUAAACUUCGUCUUCUGUUAUAUUUUAGAACAACAGCAAUGCUUGUUUUUUGUAAUCAUAUGCCUAUAUCUUCUACAGAUUGAUAAAAGACAUCAAAGCAAAGAUUCUAUUUUCUUCAGGGACGGUGUCAGGAGAAUUGAUUUUGUUCUCUCCUAUGUGGAUGAUCUUAAUAAGGAAUGGGAGAAAAAGUUGGAAAGAAGAAAAGAAUUUGAGAGCAAUCUGCAAAAGGCUGGUUUGGAAUUAGAAACAGAAGACAAGAAGGAAUCUGAAGAUGGCAAGAUUUAUUUUGUGAAGAUCCAUGCCCCGUGGGAGGUUCUGAUCACAUAUGCAGAAGUGCUGAACAUCAAAGUUCCCAUCAAGGAAAAUGACAUUCCCUCAAUGGUGGAGAACCCUCUGGACUGUAUGCUUGCACCACUCAGGCUUCCUGAGAAGGUGAUGCACCCUGAACCGGAUUAUUUCACAGCACCAUUCAGCAAGGAUAAGCAGGAGCUGUACCUCAUUAAUGACGAGAACACUUUCUUUUCACCAUCCAUGAGAAACAGAAUAGUGAAUUAUAUCCUUACCCGUUGCCCAUAUGGAACAGAAGAAGGGAAGAAAAAAUUUGGAAUUAAGAGACUGCUAAAUAAUGGCACCUAUUCAGCUGCAUAUCCUCUUCAUGAUUGCCAGUACUGGAAAAAGGCAAAUGAUCCAAAUUGUGACAAUGAGAGGUACACACUGUACAUGGAGUGGGCCCGUUUCUUGCGGUUCUACAAAGAACAGCCUUUGGACCUCAUCAGGAAGUAUUACGGUGAGAAGAUUGGAAUCUAUUUUGCCUGGCUAGGAUUUUACACCGAGAUGUUAUUCCUUGCAGCAGUUGUUGGCUUGAUCUGUUUUCUUUAUGGCUUGUUUACAAUGGAUGAAAAUAUGAGCAGCAAAGAAAUCUGUGACCCUGCAAUUGGAGGAGAGAUCAUCAUGUGCCCUCUUUGUGACCGAGAGUGUGAGUACUGGAGACUGAACACCACCUGUGAGUCCUCAGAGUAUUCCCAUUUGUUUGACAACGUGGCCACUCUGUUUUUUGCCAUUUUCAUGGGCAUAUGGGUUACACUUUUCUUGGAGUUUUGGAAGAGACGGCAAGCUAGACUGAAAUAUGAGUGGGAUUUGGUUGAUUUUGAAGAGGAACAGCAACAACUCCAGCUGAGGCCUGAGUAUGAGGCAAAAUGUACCCAGAAGAAGAAGAAUCCUGUAACUCAGGAGAUGGAGCCUUAUUUGCCUAUAACUAGCCAGGCUGUGCGGUUCUGCAUCUCAGGAACUACAGUGUUGUUCUGGGUGUCUCUGAUUAUAGCUAGCAUGAUAGCGGUGAUCGUGUAUCGCCUCGCGGUGUACGCUGCCUUCGCCAGCCUCAUGGAGAACACUCAGACUCUGCAACCCAUCAGCGGGUUACUGACCCCUCAGCUGGCGACUUCAGUCACAGCCUCGUGCCUGAAUUUUGUCAUCAUCAUGAUCCUGAAUUUCUUCUAUGAGAGAAUAGCCAUCUGGAUUACUGACAUGGAAAUACCCAGAACUCAUAUGGAAUACGAGAACAGGCUCACUAUGAAAAUGUUUUUGUUCCAGUUUGUCAACUACUAUUCAUCCUGCUUCUAUGUGGCCUUCUUCAAAGGGAAAUUUGUUGGUUACCCAGGUGCCUACACAUACAUGUUUAAUCGCUGGCGAAAUGAGGAGUGCGAUCCUGCAGGUUGCUUGAUAGAAUUGACGACACAGCUCACCAUAGUCAUGGCUGGCAAACAGAUCUGGGGAAAUAUCCAAGAGGCAAUUGUACCCUGGAUUUGUAACUGGUGGGGGCGCCGAAAAGCCAGAAAUAAUCCAGAAAAUUUAUACAGUCGCUGGGAGCAAGACCAUGAUCUGCAGACAUUUGGAGCCUUAGGCCUGUUCUAUGAAUAUCUAGAAAUGGUCAUUCAGUUUGGAUUCAUUACUCUCUUCGUGGCAUCCUUUCCCCUGGCUCCCCUCCUUGCUCUGAUGAAUAAUAUCCUGGAGAUUCGAGUAGACUCCUGGAAAUUAACCACCCAGUAUAGGAGACCUGUGGCUGCAAAAGCACAUAGCAUAGGAGUUUGGCAAGAAAUCCUGAAUGGAAUGGCCAUCUUGUCUGUUGUCACUAAUGCUUUUAUUGUUGCGUUCACAUCAGAUAUGAUUCCUCGUUUAGUGUACUACUAUGCCUAUUCUGAAAACGAAGACUCACCGAUGUCUGGAUACAUAAACAAUAGCUUGUCAGUGUUUCAAAUCUCAGAUUUUCCUGACAGAAAUAAGCCUAAAGUGAAUCGAGAAGACUUUGUCAUAUGCAGGUACAGAGACUAUCGGUACCCUCCAGAUCAUGAGAGGAAAUAUUUACACACUAUGCAGUUCUGGCACAUUCUUGCUGCAAAACUGGCCUUUAUAAUUAUUAUGGAGCAUGUUGUAUUCAUCGUUAAAUUCUUCGUAGCAUGGAUGAUUCCUGACGUCCCUGCGGACGUGAAAGCCAAAAUAAAACGUGAAAAAUAUUUAACACAGAAAAUCCUACAUGAGUAUGAACUUGAAAAACUGAAGGAGAGACUGUGUCAAGGUGAUAAACGAGCCACAGAAAAAGAGUUCAUUGCCACGGAAGGGAGAAUGGAGUUAUCCAGAGCCAUGUAGUUGAAAAACCAGCUGUUUGGGAUUUAGCUCAUUUCAGCUUUUUUUUUUUCUCUGUGAUUUGCUCAGUACACAUCAUGUUGAUGUGUUUCAACAAAGGUUUCCACCCUUUGCCUUCAGUCCAAAGAUUUUAGACUUUGCUCUAGAAGUCUCACUGAGCAUCUUAGGUUUAGGAAAUCUACUUAACUGUAUGAUUUCAGCACUGUUUUGUAUUUACCCAUCACUUUGAAUAAGAAGCGUAAUUUUGUCAUCCUCAAAUGUGGAUUAUCCAAUAUAGAGAACAUUACCCUUGAAGGGCUCACAGGCCAGGGUAAUGACCACCAAGGGCUCAUGACCACCAAGCCCCUCCCCCUAUUGCUCAAUGCAAAAUUCCAAGCUGAUACAAAAGUAUCCCAGCUGAACGAAAAGGCUUAUCAUAGAGCUGCUGUGGAAAAUGCUGACAAGUAGUAUUUUUGUGGCAUGAUCUUCUAAACAGAACACUCCAGAUGAAGGGGUUGGGGUUAGGGUUUGGGGCUUUUUUUUGUAUCCACUAUGUCUUGGAAGCAUUUGUUUGCAGCUUUGAACUUCUAUUCACUUUCUAGAAGGAAUUGAUUUUUUUUUAAAUAUAUUGGUUUAAUUCCACUUGGAAUUAUUUACAGGCACAGAAUUCAGUCAAUUAGUACUAAUGAAGGAAAAAAAAGAUCAUUAAAUUUUGUAAAGAUACCACCUGCGAAAGAGUUUGCUCUUUAAGUGCAAAUAUUGACAAAUCAUCUAAUCACAGUGCUUUUUGAGAAUAUACAAUUCGGACAAGUGUACUUAAUUUAUUUCUCCAUCUCAAAAACUGCCAUUGGAAGAUGAUGUUUGACAUGAGUUUUGGCCAAGGCUGCUCCUUUGUUUGGAUUAUUUGUCUGGAUUUCCUGCAAAUGCCGGCAAAGGGCUCAAGCUGCGUGUCUGUACUCAGUGCAUAGUGCAGAGUGUGACAGUGCAGUGAUGGGGAGCUGGACUGCCACACUCAUGGAUCUAAGCUAGAUGGUUUGUCCAUGGAUCUGUAGUCAAAAGAUUUUGAAGCAUGCCAUAUAAUCUCUGUUUGGGUUGUUAUUGUCCUUAUGCAUCGGAGCCUGGGGCUUGGGGGUUUGUUUUCUUUAUUUCUUUUUAAUGUUUAAGAAGGAUAUUUUUUUUUCUGUCAUAAGGCUUUUCUCCAGAGUUAUCAAGGUUAUAAAUAUAUAAUAACUACUUAUGCAGAGUAGCUGCCAGCUGCUUCUGAAUGAUCCCUCAUGUUCUAAUUUGAAGCAGUUAGGCAUUUUUAUGAGUUUGCUGUAUAUUUGAAACAUAUCAACGCUUCCAUGCUUAGUGCCUUGUUUGUUUGCAUUUAGCAGAAGAUGUGAAAAUGCUCACUAUGGGGAAAUGCCUGUUUCCAACAUGUGUGCUUGCAGGCAUCGUGAUACUGUGAACCUGCACACAGAGCUGUAUAGUGUUAGCCAAACCAUGCUUACCUUGGCACACUUCGGCAUUAGUGCUAUUGGAGCUGCUCACAGAGAGCAACUGAUACCAUGACUGUUUCAAUACAGUAGCACCAGACGUGAGUUCUCUUGUGCCAAAGUGCACUAGCUAGAGAGAUGAGAAAUUUUACCAUGUUUGCACUUUGCAAGUUAUACUUCCUUGCAAGUAUACACAAAAAUAAUCCAGAUUGGUAUUCCAUAUCAGCCAAAUGAUGUACUGUGUACUAGAUCCACAACUUAAGGUUUAUGUGUUUUGUUUUAGCAGACCUAGCCUACGUCUUGGGAUACUCGGCUAAUAACCUUAAUGUUGUAACAGAGUUUUAAAUCCAUGUCUGCCAUGGAACUGCCAUUAUUAGCUAAAAUUUUUAAGUGCCUACCUCGAACAAACAUAGAAUCAUAGAAUUAUAGAAUGGUUUGGGUUGGAAGGGACCUUAAAGCUCAUCCAGUUCCAACCACCUGCCAUGGGCAGGGACACCUUCCACUAGACCAGGUUGCUCCAGGCCCCGUCCAACCUGGCCUUGAACACUGCCAGGGAUGGGGCUUCUCUGGGCAACCUGUGCCAGUGCCUCACCACCCGCACAGGGAAGAACUUCUUCCUUAUAUCUAACCCAAAUCUCCCCUGUUUAAGUUUAAACUCAUUACUCCUUGUCCUAUUGCUACAGUCCCUGAAGAAGAGUCCCUCUCUGGCAUCACUGUAAGCCCCCUUCAGAUACUGGAAGCUGCUCUGAGGUUUCCACACAGCUUCUCUUCUCCAGGCUGAACAGCCCCAGUUUUCUUAGCCUGGUUUGGCUGCCAGUCAAGGAGUUGAAGCAGGUGUACGUUUCUUAUUACUGUAAGUCAAUCAACUUUGUUCUGUAAGUUUGCUUGAAAAACCAAACACAUUGGCCAUUUGUGUUCAUGCUGAAUUGACCGUGCUCAUGAGUAUUCAGAUGUAUUUAAAGUAAUGGAUGUAUUGGAGGAAUGCAUGUAUAAAUAAAUUAGCUCUGCUGCUUAAUGUAUAAGCCAAAGAAGAAUAUCAGUCGCCAUAAUUAUGGACAUGACACCGGAAUUAACACAAUGCAGGCACUUUGCUGCUCUUUGCACAUAUACUGUUAACUAAACUGCUUAAUUUAGAUUUCAUGGUUCUGUUACUGGUAGCAAUGCCAACAAUUGAUUCAGACGGUAAGGUGAGGAUAUGCAAAAUGAUAUUUCUAUGCAAAAUGUACAAUCUGAUUGAACCUGAAUACAGAUUUGAAAAUUCAGUAUGAGAUGCAUUAUUCCUGCUUAGGGAACAUUAAGUUUCUUCAGAUGCCAUAAUCAAGUGUUCAAUAUACCACACUUGAGAAGAGGUUAGCAAACUAGAUGUAUUGUGAAUGAAUAAUGCUGUUUAAAAACAAGAUGGAAAAUGAAAAAAGAAAAGAAAAAGAAGGAAAACAAAGAAAUGCCUUAGUUUGGGAUACAGCAUUGAUAUGCAGAAGCCCUGUGUGCAGACCUGAGUUGAAUUGUUAUUUAGACUCUCACUUGCUGCUUCUUUCCAGCUUAGUUUUUGAGAUCACUUCCUAUUGAAUGCUAUACAAACAGAUGUUUUGUUUAUCUUUUAUCCAUACAGUGGAAAGUGGAAAAAAUCUGGAAUCAGCUUAUUUAAAUAAGAAAGAUACCUAUCUAAAAAAUAUAUCUUUACACUUCAUAGCAUUACUUUUUUAUAUAUAGGAACUGUUCAGAAGAGAAUCUGUUGUCAUCUUAAGACCUGAUGUCACAUAACAAAUUAAGUCUUAAUACCUCUUGACAUAAUUGUUUGCCUUUACUUGUCAUUAAGAAGUAUUUUGACAAAAGAUUAUUAGUAUGAUUAGGAUUAUAAUGGUUCAGAGACAUUUCCUGAAGUGUUCUCGGAAAGUGAGAAAAGUAGGGAAAAUGGACUGGUCAGUUGGGAGACAUGCCUAUUCCUACCGUUGGAAUAAUUGAUUUAGUUGUGUUUAAUAUAAGUAUCUAAAAGUGUCCUUUAACCAAAGGGAAGAUAGUUCUGUUUUGGAACUACUGUCAUGUAAGCAACAGUAGGUUGCUUCAUUAGAAUUAGUUAGAAAAUUGGCCUUUCAAGUGCAAUACAAUCAGGGAUUGUAUAGUUUUUUUCCACUUAAAAUUUAGUAUUUUUACCUUGUAAAGAUUUAGUGUGGUAUGUUCUAAGCAAAUGACUGCAAAAUAAGAGUGCUACUAUAAGACACUAGACUGUUGGGGGGGGUUUCUAGAUUUUGUUGUUAUGCUUUUACUUUUUUAUGUAAUACUAUGGGUUUGAGACAACAGAACGGAGUGAAAAUAGAUGGACUUUCCUACUGUUCUAUGUGUACUGCUUGUUUUGACUUGUACUGUCAUGUAAUCUGAGUGGUAUUUUUGUCUGCUAAGUAUGUUGCUGAUAUACAUGAUACACUAAUGUUGGAAUAAAUUUUUUAAACAUUGCAUUCAGCUAACUGAAUUUAAACAGCAUUCAGCUGUAAAUUUAAUAUCUAAACCUGGCAAAUAAAGCAGUGUUUUUUUUUAA